AUGGCUCAGCUUGGAAACCAAUUACACAGAGAGCAAAUCAGCUGCUCCAUCUGUCUGGACCUCUUGAAGGAUCCGGUGACUGCUACCUGUGGGCACAGCCACUGCAUGAAGUGUAUUGAAACACACUGGGAUAAAGAGGACAAGCGGAAAAUCUACACCUGCCCUCAGUGCAGAGAAGUCUUUUUGCAAAAGCCUGACUUGAAGAAAAACACCAUGUUAGCAGAUUUAGUGGAGGAACUGAAGAGGAUUGAACUCCAAGCUGCUCCUGCUGAUCACUGCUACGCUGGGCCUGAAGAUGUGGCCUGUGACGUCUGCACGGGGAGAAAACUCAAAGCCCAAAAGUCCUGUCUGCAAUGUCUGGCCUCUUUCUGUGAGAAACACCUUCAGCCUCAUUUUGAAGCAGCUCCACUACAAAAACACAAGCUGACAGAGCCGUCCAAGAAGCUCCAGGAGAGCAUCUGCUCUCGUCAUGAUGAGGUGAUGAAGUUGUUCUGCCGUACUGAUCAGCAGCCUAUCUGCUAUCUCUGCUCUGUGGACCAACAUAGAGGCCACGACACAGUCUCAGCUGCAGCAGAAAGGACUGAGAGGCAGAAAGAGCUCAAGGUGAGUCGACAAAACAUCCAGCAGAGAAUCCAGGACAAAGAGAGAGAUGUGAAGCUGCUUCAGCAGGAGGUGGAGGCUGUCAAUCGCUCCGCUGAUGAAGCAGUGGACCACUGUGAGAAGAUCUUCUCUGACGUAAUCUGUAUCAUGCUGAAAAAACGCUCUGAUGUGACGGAGCAGGUCAGAUCCCAGCAGAAAACUGAAGUGAGUCAGGCCAAAGAGCUUCAGGAGAAGCUGGAAAAGGAGAUCACCGAGUUGAAAAGGAGAGAUGCUCAGCUCGCAAAGCUUUCAACCACAGAGGAUCACAACCAGUUUCUACAGAGCUUCCUUUCACUGUCACAACUCAGUGAAAGUACAGACUCUUCCAGCAUCAGUAUCCUUCCUCUGAGCUUCUUUGAGGAUUUGACAGCAGCUGUGUCAGAUUUUGGAGAUAAACUACUGGAUGUUCUGUGUGGGAAACAGACAAACAUCUCACAGAAAGUGGAAGAAGCAGAUGUUUCACCGUCACCACCAAAGUCUGACAUUAGAGCUGAGUUAUUGAAGCAUUCAUGCUAUAUCACACUGAAUCCAAACACGGCACACGGAUGUCUGCUGUUAUCUGACAGGAACAGAAAAGCAACUUUAACGAGGCAGCAGCAGACCCUGUCUCGUCAGCGAGACAGAUUCACUGGCUACUGUCAGGUCCUGAGUAAAGAGAGUCUGACUGGACGUUGUUACUGGGAGGUGGAGUGGAGCGGAGGAGUUCACGUAGCAGUGGCGUACAAGAAUAUCAGCAAAGUAGGGAUGCGGGAUGAAUGUGCGUACGGACACAAUGACAAAUCCUGGGCGUUAGACUGUGUCAGCAAAAGUUAUAACCUCUUACACAACAGUGUCAGCACUCCUUACACUGAUCUUCAGUGUUCAAGAAUAGGAGUCUACCUGGAUCACAGUGCAGGUAUUCUGUCCUUCUACAGCGUCUCUGACACUAUGACUCUCCUCCACACGGUCCAGACCAAGUUCACUCAGCCUCUCCAUGCGGGACUCAGGCUUUUUUAUCCUGGGAUUCGUUCUUUUGAAUCUGCUGCUAAGCUCUGUGACCUGAAAUAG